UUACGAUUCUUAGAAUUAUAUUGAUGUAUAAACUAUUAAUCAUAACAAUAUUUAAAAUAAUGAAUUAAAGUUACCUAAACCUUAAAAACAGAAAAUACUAAUGCAUAAACAAUGACUAGAGAAUAUAACUUUUAGUAGAUAUUUUAGUGGAAGGAAUAUCGAUAAAAGAAGCUGCUAAGAAGAAUAAUAUAAAAUUCUCUUCAGCAAAGGUUAUUUUAAAGCUUUUUAAGCGUGAGGGACGUGUUGGAAAACUUAAAGAAAAUUAAUUAUCAUAAUUAGAGGUUUCUUAAUAAAUAAAACAAUAAACUUAGAUAGUAGAUGAAAAUGAAUAACUAUGCAACAAUAUUUUGAAAUAAAUAGAAGAUUGUAAGGCUAGAAACAAUUAAUUGCAGUUGACGCUGACAAUUUAUAAAUAAAUUAACAAUUAAUUUAAUUUAGAAUGA